UCCGGAAUUCGGAAUCCACGGGAUGAGCAAGCGCAAGAAGGGCGUGUCCCUCGACGAGAAGCGGGACCGGAUCCUCAAGCUCUACCACGAGUCGCUGGACGUCUUCAACCUCAAGGAGGUCGAGAAGCUUGGCUCCAAGGCCGGCGUCGUGCUGCAGACCAUCAAGGACGUCAACCAGGCGCUCGUCGACGACAACCUCGUGGACACGGACAAGAUUGGCGCCGGCAACUACUUUUGGUCCUUCCCGAGCAAGGCCGUGCAGCAGCGCAAGCGCAAGCUUGAAGACCUCGAGGCGCGGCGCGACGACCUCCGCGCCAAGCUCACGCACGUCCAGUCGUCGGUUGCAAAGCACCAGAGUCUCCAGACGCAGUCGGACGACCGGGCAGAGCGGCUCGCCCAGCUCAGCGCGCUCAAAACCCAAGCCGACGAUAUGCAGAAGAAGAUUGCGCUGCUCCAAGAGAACGACCCGGACCUCUUGAAGAAGCUAGAUGCCAAGGCAAAGGUGGCCAAGGAAGGCGUCGACCGCUGGACAGAUAAUGUGUUCAACUUGAAGUCGUGGGUCAUCAAGAAGAAUUCGUGCUCGUCGGCCGAGGUUGAGAAAUGGCUGGGCAUCGCCGACGACUUUGACUACGUGGAAUAAGCGCCAUGGGUUCUACCUACGUGUGUUGCCUCAUGGCUGUCUUCGCUUGAUGCGCGGGGCGACCGUUAGCGAGUACAUUCUCCUCGGUACCGAUUCGAAGCUGUGCGAGCGGCGGUUGAUCCCCUAAUCCCAACGGCCGAUUCGACGCG